CAUUAAAUCUUCAUAUAAUUCAUAAUAAAAAAUCAUUACUAUUAUUACUUUAUGUUAUUACUUUCGGUAUUGUCAAAUGUAUAUUCUUAUAUCAGACUAUCUUUUAACUUUAGCUCGAAUAUAUACGGUAAUUUGUUUCAUUAAUUCAUUAAUAUUGUAGAGUAGAGUCUAUUUUUCUACUUUGGUCGGCAUUAUAUGAUUUAUAUAAAAAAAAAAAAAUUUUAAGGAGGUUUUAUGUAACUUUUUGUAUAAACAAACCUUUGAUGUUUUUUGAAGUUUCCUUGUUUUUGUUAUAGCAACAUAUUAUAAUCACUGAUUCUACAUACCAUAUAUAAUUAUGGCUAGCAGUGCUAGUAAAACGGUUUCUUCGUUAGCUAAAUACAAGUUAUCUAGGAGAGGUAAAAAGUUACAAUUCUCUGACGAUCAAAGAACAUUGCUUGCUUUACCAAAAGAUGUUCCGGAGCGUACAUGGGCAGAAUUACUUCAAAAAGAAGAAACUGACCUAAUGAUCUUUGACCUUCGGGAAGAGAUAAUUGAAGAGGUUAUGAAUAUCUGUUACGCGAGGUACAUGGAGAAACAAAACGCUGUUUUUACAGCACACUGUGCAGCUGAAGCUUGGUUGAAACUUAUAAACUGGUACUUCCUUCGACACGACCCCGGCGAGGAGCCGAGCGCGUAUCCUCCUUGUUACAUCCCCAAAAGAGUGGAGUCAUGGGUGCCGGAUGAACUGCCUGAUCCCUCGCCCAAAGACACCUGGUGCAAGCAUCAACUGAACGUGCAAGAGGAUUUUCAGGAGGAAAUCACGAAGAAAACUCCCAGCACAAGUUCGCUGGAGAUGCCCGUCAUUGAAGAGAUACCCGAGGAGUAUUGGUUCCCUGGUAAAGUUAACCUUCCCGUUGGCACGACUGCUACAUCGGAUACCAGCAAAAUCUCCUAUGAAACAGAUUCGUCUCUGUGGUCGCGAGAGAGCGAAAGACUGCAGCGCAUCACCGACUACAGCGAGCCCCGUCUGGAAACACAGGAGUCAGCAGUCAGUGCUAAGAUGACAGCGAGCGUGACGUCGGGAUCUCAACAGGGCGCGGGAGACGGAGGGGACGUGCAGAUAGAAGAGGUACCGGAAGGAGAGAUGAAAGAAGCAUCUCGGCGGUCGCAUCGCAGGACAGAGAAGAGCAAGCUGUUCAGUAAGGCCAGCAUGCUGGGCAGGUCUAGGGGCUCCCUCCCUCCUCUGGACGGAGACUCCAGGUCACGCGUCAGCAUCAUAUCCGACUGCCGCUUGAGGAAUUUGAGGUUGGACACUCAAUACGACAUAACAUCGGAGAAGAUCGACACGCCUCCCGGGGAGAUGGUUAAGAGAAAAUAACAUUAUAUAUAUAAAGUAUACAAAAUAAUUUGAAUCACAAUCAUUUUUUCUAAUUUUCGUGUUGUGUUUUUUUACCUUUUGGUUAAAUUUGUGUGUAAAUAAUAUUAUAUUGUUAUCAUCAAUCAUGUCAUUCGGAUACAUCGAUAAUCUUGUGUUUUAAUAUUUGUACUUUGUUUUGUUAAUGAACAUUUAAUUAACCUAACAUUAAA